AUGGAGACGAAGUUAGCGAAAACGGAGAAACCAGAGAUAGAUAAAUCUCACCUUGAUGAACGAAAACGAAUGGCUUACUGUGUUAGGGUUUCCGCUGGUGAAGAAGAAGAAGCGAUUCAAACUCCAACUGUGCAGAGGGUAUCAAAACAAAAGAGCACAAGCAUUGGGAACCAGCUAGCUACUCAGAUUUUGCAUAACGCUAUUACUAACAUGAGAUCGAUUGCUACAGAAGAUGAAGAAGUGACCGUGGAAGUUAGAGAUGCUUCGCCAGGACACUAUUUGUUGAAAAUUGAGUCUUUUUCUCUACUUUCAGAGAGUGGCAUUGACAAGUUUGAAUCAAAUGAAUUUGAGGCUGGUGGUUAUAAAUGGAAAAUGAUCAUUUAUCCCGAUGGGAACACACAUGAAAAUGGAAGUGGACAUAUUUCAGUUUACUUGGCCAUUUCAGGGACAACUUCCCUGCCUGCUAAUUGGGAAGUCAAUGCUAUAUGUACCUUCUUUCUGUUCAAUCAACUUCGUGACAAUUAUCUUUCAGUGCGAGAUAUAAUAUUAUGUUCCUUCUUAGCAUAUACAUUUCCCUUUAGUCUAUCUCAUCUAAGUUUUUUGGUUAUAUGGUUAUCGUGAAAUAGCAUUGAUCA